GGGCGUUGAGUCAGAUCUGUUUCUCCAUUGUACUAUUGAAAUUGAAUUGAAGAGAAGAGAAAGCACGGCCAUCUACCUAAUGACAACGACAAAUUCCUUCUUUUAAGGAGACCAAUGAUCCUUUAACUACUACUAAGCCGAGUUUGAUGCGCCAUGUUCCUGUCCAACAGCUUCUAGCAAGGCGAGGAGGAGACAAUGAAAGAUAGGAGCCAUGGCUUGGCACUGGGGGUGAGCUUUCUCCUCCUCCUCAUCGUCGCCGGCAUCGCGCAGAGCGACAGAGAGAAGAACAAGACCACCGUGGUGAGCCAUCUGCCUGGCUUCGAUGGCCCCCUUCCCUUCUCCCUGGAAACAGGCUAUGUGGAAGUGGACGACCGCAAUGGCGUCCGCCUCUUCUACUACUUCGUUCAGUCGGAGGCCAAUCCGGCGGAGGAUCCCGUCUUGCUCUGGCUCACCGGCGGCCCGGGGUGCUCCGCCUUCUCCGGCCUUGUCUACGAAAUCGGUCCUCUCAGCUUUCAGCCUGAUUCCUACACCGGUGGUGUGCCGGAGCUGGUGUACAGACCGGAUUCUUGGACCAAGGUUGCCAAUGUAAUCUUUCUGGAUUCCCCUGUUGGAGCUGGCUUUUCAUACUCUGCAACAGACCAAGGGUACAAGUCCUGCGACACCAAAGCCGUUGACCAAAUUGCCAUCUUCCUUACCAAGUGGUAUGAGGAGCAUCCACAGUUCUUAUCGAAUCCACUUUUCAUUGCCGGAGAUUCGUAUUCUGGUUUAAUUGCGCCACCGCUGACCUUUCAAAUUGCUAAGGGUAUAGAAAUGGGUGACAAGCCACUGCUUAAUCUGAAGGGUUAUAUCAUAGGCAACCCAUUAACGGAUCGCAAGUUCGAUUUGCCAGCCAGAGUCCCAUAUGCCCAUAGGAUGGGUCUCAUAUCUGAUGAGCAAUAUGAGACAUACAGGGAAAGUUGUGGUGCGGACACCAGUAUGAACCGAAACAUACAAUGCAAGAAUUGCCAUGAUGCGAUAGAUAAGUGUUUGAAGGGCAUAAACAUACAUCACAUCCUAGAACCCGAAUGCUCUUCUGAAUACAAUGGAAAUUCAGAUAGUGGCAGGACGCUGUUUGACUAUGGUGGUGCAGAGCUUGGCUUGUCUGAUAUUUCUUCAGAGUGCAGAGAGAAAGGAUAUAGCAUGUCCGGCAUCUGGGCAAACAACAGGUCAGUGAGAGAGGCUCUGGGUGUUCACAAGGGAACGGUUCCUUUGUGGCUAAGGUGCAACCACGGCACGCCAUACACCACCGACAUCAGGAGCAUCGUGGAGUUUCACCGGAGCGUGACCAGCAGAGGCUACCGGAGCCUGAUCUACAGCGGUGACCACGACAUGACCGUGCCUUUCAUCAGCACCCAGGCGUGGAUCCGCUCCCUCGGCUUCGCCGUCGUCGAUGAGUGGAGGCCCUGGUAUGCCACCGGCCAAGUUGCUGGGUUUACAACGUUGUACGCUAAUAACCUCACUUUUGCGACAGUCAAGGGUGGUGGUCACACUGCUCCAGAGUACAUGCCCAAGGAAUGCUUGGCCAUGGUCGAUAGAUGGCUCUCCGGCCGUCCUGUCUAAGUCGUCUUCUCACGCGCAUCACAUGCGCUUCCUCACGCACAUAAGGAUUUUUGAUUCAGGAAGAAUACUAUUCUACCACUUUAACCUACUACUAUUAAGUUUGUCAAUGUAUAGCGCGACAUGGUAUAUAUAACAUUUGCAUGUUCAUCGCCAUCAAGGCAAUACAAGUGUGAUGAUCCA